CGUGUUUCCGUUUCCGGUUGGUUUCUAUAGUUUAUUCCGGUUUACAUCCGUCGAUUGUAUAUUUACCUCAGAACCUCAGAUGUACAGAACUCCGUGCGGCAGGGCUCAGCGGAGUCCCGGCGGGCCUCGGCCCGCAGGAAGGUUCCCCUCUCCUGAGCCCCGCUGGGGGUCUCCGUACCCCGGCUCUCCUCGCGGCUUCUCCCCGGAGUUCUCCCCCAGGUUCCCCGCUGGCUCCAACCAGGGACACUACAACCGGCAGGACCAGGAAGGAUCUCCGGGGGGCUAUGGCGGCUGGUCCCGGGGCUUUUCGGGGCAGAUGCGGAGAAGGGGGCAUGGUUUCCGGCGGCCUCAGAACUUCAGUCCGUCCUUCUCUCCGAACUCUCAGUCCAGACGCUCAGACGUUGGUGUGGAGAAGUUCUUCAAUCCAUCCAUGCUUCAGGACCCCUGGAAAAAUCUGCAGCCCGUUACAGCCGAAGAGGCCGCCGCCAGGAGGACGGCGUGAGCAGGAAAAAGGCCAUCAGAACUGAGAAUCUGUUGUUGAAGAAGAUAUCCAGUUUGAUAUAGUUUUGUAUAAAAAAAUGUUGAUUAGAAUUGAGAUUUUUUAUUAAAGGCUGCUGCUUUUUUUUGCA